CUGACCAAUGAGACGUCUCCAAGGUGAUGUCAUGGAGGCAGCAGUGAUGCUGCUGCUGAUGCUGUUGCCCGGUGCCUGAAUCUGUGCUGCCAGACGGGGAUAACCAAAGUCGCCAGUCCAGCAUCAACAAGAAGAGACUGCCAGAGGGGACUGAGAAGGAUCUUAGACAUCCUUGGAAAGUAACAGAACCACUGAGAAGAUGACUCUUGCAGCCUACAAGGAGAAGGUGAAAGAGCUCCCUCUGGUGUCUCUGUUUUGCGCCUGCCUGAGGCCACAGACUGUAGAGAAGGCUACAUACAAAGCAGAAGACGCGGUGGACCUGGGAUGGAGUGCCAUAAAGGACGUGGAGGUCAAAGAGCUGAAUAAGAGGGCGUCGGGUCAGGCGUUCGAGGUCAUCCUGAAGCCGCCGUCGUUUGACAGCUUGCCAGAGCUCAAUACAUCCAUGCCUCAGCGCAGAGACCCCUCCCUGGAGGAGAUCCAGAAGAAGCUCGAGGCUGCCGAGGAGAGGCGAAAGUGUCAGGAGGCCGAGCUGCUGAAGCACCUGGCAGAGAAGAGGGAGCACGAGCGAGAGGUGAUCCAGAAGGCCUUUGAGGAGAACAACAACUUCAUCAAAAACGCCAAGGAGAAGCUGGAGCAGAAGAUGGAGGCCAACAAGGAGAACAAGGAGGCCUUGUUGGCCGCCAUGCUGGAGAGGCUGCAGGAGAAGGACAAACAUGCAGAAGAGGUGAGGAAGAACAAGGAGCUGAAGGAGGAGGCCUGCCGAUAGAUGACUGCAGAUGGAGGGAAAGAGAGAGUGACAAGAGAAGGACGAGGCCCAUAAAGCGUAGAUAAGAGUUUGUGGUUUUUUUUUUUAAUGAGUGCAAAGCAAUGCAGGGGCAAAUAAGAACUCAUAAAGACGAGAGAAGGCUUUCAUGUUGAUGUAUGCCAGAACGAGCCGUACUAAGCUUAACUAACUCUUGAUGUUGAACAAAAGAAAUCUUUUUGAUUUUUUAUUUUUUUUAACAAGGCAAAUGGGUGACAGUGGGCGUGGCAUUGCCAGAAACAUUUCAUAUAUCGAACAGAGGAUGGAACAUCCAAAUUAUUAGUCACUGCAUUUUUUAUUUAUUUUUUUUUGAAAGAAAUCACAUUACCAUACAUCAUAAACAAAUUUGCUGCAGGCCUAUGAAUUGUUAUAACAUGAAUCAGUGUCUUAGUGAUACUUCCUGAUGAUAUUGUCACUGUAUGCUACUUAUUUUAGGCAUUAAAAUGUUUUUUUCUGAGAUUAGAGUAGAUCCAGAGAAGGGCCUUCUACAUUUGAUGUACCCGUAAAUAAAACAACAAAUGGGGAGAGGAUGAUGAAGUUUAUGGGUCUUUUCCUUCUGAAAAUUAUUGAAAAAUAAAUGUAAAAACAAAAAGAAUCAAAUAAUUGAAGACGGGUAAAUGGAUCAAAAUCAAUUAAAAGUCUUCUUGCUUUUUAUAAUUGCUCUGCUUGGUUUUUUUCCAAUAGCAAAAUUCAAUAAUUAGUCCAGCUUGAGGCAAACUGCCCAUUUAGUGAGUAGCAGGGUAAAUGAAAUUAGCAAGCACACAUUCAGCUUCUCCUCCUUCUGUAUAUAAAUUAAAAGCAUUCUUACCAGGGAUAAAAAUGUGGAAAUGACUAAUUUCAUGUUAGGGUUAGUCACCAUUUACUGUUUAGGUACAUGUUGAACAGAAGUUGGGUCAGGGGAGUUUAAACGGGGGAAUUUUCAGGGUCUUAUAGGUCAUUCAAUGUAGUGUAGUUGUUAAUUCUCUUAGAUUUAGAGCACGAAUUGCACUCUUAUUUUAUCAAGCACAACUCUGAAGCACACAUGCAUACGUGAUGGACACAAUAAACAUGUUGAAGAUGAUUUGUAGACAAAGUGCUUGGGUUUGCUGGUGUUCAGCUUUGGCAUGUGUCACAGUUUGUGAGAGAUAAAAAAAAAAAAAAAAAAAAAAAAAAGAAAAGAUUGAUGUCGUUUGCUUGAGUUGUCGAGUCAUACUGCCUUUUCUUGAAACGCUGAUAAUGUUUGCGCUGUAAUUUUGAAAAAUGUGUCGAUUCGAGUGUAUCCAUUUGGCAUGUUGAGUAAAAAAAAUAACAGCUUGACUGAACUUU